AUGCUAGUUGUAUCAACAUUUGAAGUCAUCCACACCACAACCACUACAGUAUCCAAGGCAUUGUUGCUACUAAUAGUCAUACCAUUGAUCCUAUUAUUCAUCUGUGACUUAUCAUACUUUGUUUAUCUAGAACUAAAGAAGCAGACAUAUAAAGGAGUUGAAAAUGAAGUUGAAGCUGGAACGCAACACAACCAAGUCAAGGCUAAACAAGGCAACAUUGUUGGUAGUGGAAAGAUUUACAUGAGAUGA